AUGCAAUCUAAACGUCUGUCUUUCAUUUCAUCGAUGUCUCCAUCUAAGCAUUCAUCGCCUCAAUUCCAAACACUGCCAAACUUCAAUCCAUAUGAGACUAUACAGGAACAACAAAAGCAAUUAAGUGAGUUAUACCAACUGCAGUCUAAGUUGAAAAUCGUAACUAAAGAUGAUCCAACGAUACCAAAUUACAAAGAAAUACCAAUGUCGGGGAAAAAGUCCGACUAUAGUAUGAAGAUCGUUGUUGCGGGUGAUGGUGCUGUGGGUAAAACGUGCUUGUUGGUGAGCUAUACCCAAAACAAAUUCCCCGAGAUUUAUGUCCCCACCGUUUUUGAAAAUUAUGUCACAACAUUGGCAGCUCCCAAUGGUAAAUCAUUCGAAUUAGCAUUAUGGGAUACUGCCGGUCAGGAGGAAUAUGAUCGUUUAAGACCAUUGAGUUAUCGUGAUGCCGAUUUGAUAUUGAUAUGUUUUGCAUUGGACAACCUUACAAGUUUAGUAAAUAUUAAAGAUAAAUGGUUUCCAGAGAUUAAGCAUUAUUGUCCUACUGUACCCAUUAUUCUUGUAGGGACCAAAUCUGAUUUACAGGGCUACAUUCAGCCAGAACUUCCUCCUCAAGUUGCAAUGGAAAUAGGGGCUAUCACAUAUAUUGAAUGCUCGGCCAAAGAAAUGUAUCAAGUCAGGGCGGUGUUUAAUCUUUCCCUUGAGCAUUUUCAGAAAGAAAUGGAGAGACAAGAACAAUUCCAGGCAAGUAAUAAAAGAAGGCUCCUAAGACGUUCAAAUGCCGGAGUGUCGUCCAGCGGAAAUUAUGGGCAUUUAAGAAACAAAAGUAGUACAUCUUCAAGUAAACGAGGUCACAAACAAAACGGAUCAUUGAGUUCCAGUGUAUUGAUUGAUGAACCAUUGACUGAAGAUACGUAUCAGAGUAAUCCAUAUGGAAGCUUUAAUGGUGAUUCACGUAACAACGGUGAGUUUGAUUUUAUUAACGAACGAAAGAAAAUGGAAAAGAAAAAAUGUGUUAUAUUGUAG